AUGAACUUCUCUGCUUAUUCAGCCUGCGACUACAACAAGAGCAAUGAGGAUGGACUUUCUGAACCGUGUUCUUUCAGUGACAACAACAGUGUGAACGCUGUGGUUGGUCCUUACAUUCACUCCAUCAUCUGCAUCCUGGGCCUGGUGGGGAACAGCCUGGUCAUCCUGACCUAUGCCCUCUACAAGAGAACCAAAUCCAUGACUGACGUCUACCUGCUCAAUGUGGCCAUCGCUGACCUGCUGUUCGUUCUGGCUCUACCUUUCAUCGUCUACAACGAGCUGUACUCUUGGCCCAUGGGGCAGGUGGCCUGUAAGCUGCUGCGUGGUUCCUACAGCGUCAACCUGUACAGCGGCAUGCUAAUGUUAGCCUGCAUCAGCACCGACCGCUACAUCGCCAUCGUCCAGGCUCGCCGGAGCUUCAGGUUACGCUCGCUGUCAAACAGUCGCAUUAUCUGUGCCCUGAUCUGGAUCUUUGCCUUACUGGUGUCUGUUCCCACUUUCCACUUCUACCAUUGGUACCAACCAUCACAUAAUGCCGUCAUCUGGAUCAGCAACAUCACCGAACAGGAAGAGACAACAGAUCCACAGUACGUCUGUGAGUGGAAAUUUGAUGAUAGCAACACUGCUAGCAUAGUGAAGGUAGCUGUUCCCAGCACCCAACUGGCCAUUGGCUUCUUCCUGCCGCUGCUCAUCAUGAUCUUCUGCUACACUGCAGUCAUCGUCACCCUGCAGAAAUCACAAAGCUACAAGCGACACAAAGCGGUCCGAGUGGUGAUGGUGGUGGUGCUGGUGUUCAUCGUCUGCCACCUGCCUUACAACCUCAUUCUGAUGCACGACACCAUCCAUCUAUUUGACUAUAGUGACUGUGAGAAGAUGGACUCUCUGCUAACGGCGAUGUCUGUGCUGCAGACCGUCGCCUACCUGCACUGCUGCCUGAACCCGGUGCUGUACGCCUUCAUCGGAGUGAACUUCAGGAACCACUUCAGGAGGAUCUUCCGUGACCUGUGGUGUUUGGGUAAGAGGUAUAUCGCCCCGCAGCCCGAGUCGUUUCUCCAUGGUGGCCUUUAAUAUCUGCCGCUCAGUUGAUGUGUCUGUGAGGACAUCCAAUGCCCGCUGGGUGUUUAGCUAACAAUUACUCUACCCAGAUGUCCUUUCAGAUAAAGUUUCUUAGUCAAGGGCGACCCCUGAGACCUGGACUUUGACUCCCAUAGGAGUU